AGUUGUUUGACACCCCCUCUGUGGUUCAAGGUUUCAAGGGAAUCUUCUUCUCGGUGUGCUUGCAUGCAUGAAGAUUACCACUCUGACUGACUGUAGCUCUGGAGUGCUACAGGGCAACUACCCAUCGGUGCGCGUCCUCCUCGAGCACAAUGCAUCGCCAGAUGUGCGUAACUACAGCGGCAUGGUGCCGCUGGCCCGCAUCGCUGUGCUCCUUGCUGCAGGGCUUGAGUCUUCCGACGACGAGAGUGCUUUCGAACUUCUGCUGCGUGGAAUGGGACACGUCGAGUUGAGAGACCGUGACGGGGAGCUGCCAGCCGUGCUUGCACGAGACAACAAGCUGCGGACACGGCUUCUCGCUGUCUGUUGCUCACCACGGUCAUUGAUGCAGCUUGGGCGACGUGCUGUGCGAUGCUACCUCGGCGCGCAGCACUUGCCAACCGUCGUGCCUCUGCUGCCAAUACCAGUGCGACUACAAAGGUUCCUUCUGCUGGAAUUCUAAUUAGCCCUCGUGUUGCGUGUCUGUCAGGUGUUUGUGCCUGCCAACGAACAAGUGUUUAGCCGCAACUCCCACACAGAAGUUUGGUUUGUAGCAGCAGGUGCCAAAAGUUCUCACGCAGGGUGUAAGAAAGCCAAGUAUAGGCGCACUUUGUUGGGCAAGAUGUGCAAUUGGCCCGACAUAACCAGCGCACAAAAGCUUGGCAUCACCUCAUCACAACAGCCUAGGCCAGAGGAAACAGUCUUAAGAUACACUGCACGGCUAUGUUUUAAUGAAAUCUAUUUUGUGUUUAUGCAUUAGUUGCAUGUCUAGAACUCAGUUUCUACCUGGUUGUCCAAUUAGUCAGUCUAACCAACUCGCUGACUUCUCUGUCACAGGUGAGGUGGACCAACUGACACUUUGUUAAAUGGUACCUGGAUUAUAGUGAAGUGGCUAAUGUGUACACCACCGUAAGCAAUAUCAAGCGCAUACUGCAAUUCCCAUGCUGUUUGUGCUUGCAACAGGAUUGAGGAAUGCACUUGCAGCUCCCUCUUACUGUUCCUGGUGAGUGAGGGUUAGGUGAACACUUAACCCUCACUCACCAGGAAUGCACCAGGUGUGCACAGGUUGCAUCCUCAGUGUUAUGUUUCUUCCCCAAUGGGAUUUCACUAGUGGAUUGCUGAUUCAGUAAAGUUUUGUUUUAAAUUGUGAAUGUGCUUCACAUGAGAAAUCAAACAUGCUGUAUAGACCCAUGUAAAGGCUGCACCCCCACCUUGGCCGUCACAAUUUUGGCCAAAAAGUUCAGUUCCAUAUAAGGGCUGCACCUUGUCAAAAUUAUGAAAAAAAAAAGUGCGAACCUCACACCCUAUUAUACAGUAUCACCCAUCACAGCACUGCAAGUGUGCAGUAAGGAAUUAUUGGAACGCAUGGGAAAUCACCAGCAUGUUCUGUACAUCAUUGCAGCGUUAGCUCUAUCUGAUAUGUAUGGCCAGUGUUGGACAGCCAUGAUCCCUGCUAUCUUUGUUGCAAGUUUUCUAUCUUGUAAUCAAUGAUGGCUUGAGUGACACUGCAUGGCAUCUAUAACUGCGUACUGGCAGCUACAUCACCAGCACAGGUGGCAAAAGUGUUGUGCCACGCUCAGAAUCACUCAGCUGGUCACACCUCUGGCAUAAGACUAGCACUGCACUGUCAGUAGUUGUACACAGUCGCCUACUGUAUUCUGAAGCCGCGCAGUUCGCUUCUACAAUCGGUAGUCUGCCAUCAUCUGAUGGCCUUAUGGAGAGCCAGGACUUUUUCAUGUGUACAGCACAUUAAAUUGCCGAGACUUUCAUGUCAGUAUCGACAGAGCACCUGUGAAGUUGCACAGGUAGCACGAUAUUACUCAGGUUGCUUGUGACAAGGGAUAUAAUAAUGCACAGGAUGUGCCAACUGUGAUCACAGUCAAGCGCAGGCAUAUUUUUUUGUGACAAGUUGUGCUAGGGCUCUGCAGAGUUGUGCAGCAUGAAAAUUUGGCCACUGAUCGCAUGCUCCACUUACUUUCAGCUUUACCUGUACUAGACAUCAGCAGUGCAGUUUUAAUCAGGCAUAUUUGUUUGGUGUCAGUAAUUUUUCAUUUAGAGAGAGCUACAAAGACUCUUUGUAGUGAAAGUAGUUUCAUGAAAGUUGCCCCUUCAUUUGCUGUGCUGAGAAAUGCUAAAAAGGAACUUGAAGAAUUGCAUUAAGCCCCUGCAUGAAGUUCCUUAGGUAUACACUUUAUUCAGGAAUGUGGCAAUGCACAAAAAGUUUAUUUUGAAGAAAACUCGCCUAAAUAAAAUUGAGGCCUUCUUUUAUAAUCAUUGUUUAACUCCAAGGCACGUAACAGCUACCUGUAUUUAUACUUCCUUGGCAAUAAUUCAAAACACUAUUCUCCAGCUGUUAUCUUGUUCACGGGACUCCAGUUAUACUGGUGCAGUCCCUGAAUAAGUGCUUUAAGUGUAGCCAAUUCAAAAAAAAGACAUACUAUUCACCUGAUUAUGAUAUGCACUGUGGCUGGUUGUGCACCAAAAGUUUUAGUCUAGCAUUCAUCCCUUUUAAAUAAAUCAGUGACCAGCUCCAACUUCUGUUCAUCUGAAAUGUAUUUAUGGGUGUAUUUCUUUUUAAGCAAAUGAAGCAGUUCCAGUUCUUAUGUUAGCCAUGCUUUCCUAGAGUUAUGGCAUCCUGAAGGCGACAGAAGUAUUCUUGAGGCUCUUACCAAAUUGCGAGAUUAUGUCUGUGAUAGCAGUCCUUGUCUGAUUCUGGUGUCACUGAAAUGUGCGAGAGGGCUGUGCCUCCCAGUCCAAAGAAAGGAUGUGCGUCUCUUUGUCAUUUUUCACUAAAGGCAUUGAAAGUCCCCUGUUAGUAUGGAGUGCAAGGGUCAUUAACCCAUUUUUUUUCCAGGACUGCCUUUUUUGCUAGUGGUGGCAGUAAGUCUGUGUAUGUAACUGUAAACUGUGGUGUAAUGGCAACAACGAGCACAGAACUUUUUUUUUAACUCUCCAUUGGCGACAGACUUACCCAAUCAGUUUUCAUGUGCAGCCUGUUCUGAGGGCUCUUUCUCUCUCAUGCAAUAUGGAGCAUGUCAUGCAUUAUCUGCAUCAAAAGUUCCUACGAGGCUGUGGGAAAAAGCUGAAUUUCAACUAAAUCAAUGAAUCAAUAAAACACUGCAUUGGUUGCACAUACUGGUAC